CCCUCUCCUCCCAGUCAUCCUCAUUACUCUCCUCCCUCUUUCUCGGAGCAGUUUUAGGGGUUUACUUGCAGCUUCAAGAGAGAAAAAUGGCUGCAGUUCUGUACAUUGCAGCUCUAAUUUCGCUAAUGUGGUCUGCGGAAGCAAGAAUUCCAGGAGUCUAUUCUGGUGCUGGUUGGGAGAAUGCUCAUGCUACUUUCUAUGGCGGCGCAGAUGCCUCUGGCACAAUGGGUGGCGCAUGUGGUUAUGGCAACCUUUACAGCCAAGGCUACGGUGUCAACACAGCCGCAUUGAGUACGGCUCUGUUCAACAAUGGUCUGAGCUGUGGUGCCUGCUUUGAGAUCAAGUGCGCAAGCGAUCCAAGGUGGUGCCACUCCGGCAGCCCAUCUAUCUUAGUCACUGCCACUAACUUCUGCCCACCCAACUUCGCUCUUCCAAACGACAAUGGCGGAUGGUGCAACCCUCCUCGCUCCCACUUCGACCUCGCCAUGCCCAUGUUUCUCAAGAUCGCCGAGUACCGCGCCGGAAUUGUUCCCGUUGCCUACCGCAGAGUGCCAUGCCAGAAGAGAGGGGGAAUCAGGUUCACAAUCAACGGGUUCCGCUACUUCAACUUGGUUUUGGUCAGCAACGUAGCGGGUGCAGGUGAUAUCGUGAAGGUUAGCGUUAAAGGGACCAGAACUGGGUGGAUGAGCAUGAGCCGCAACUGGGGUCAGAAUUGGCAGUCAAACGCUGUUCUGGUUGGUCAGCCACUGUCCUUCAGGGUCACAGGCAGUGACAGGCGCACUUCCACCUCAUGGAACAUAGCGCCUGCUAGUUGGCAGUUCGGUCAAACCUUCACCGGCAAGAAUUUCAGGGUCUAAUAAUAUUUGACUCCCAACGUCCACAUUCUGGAAAACGGAUUCAAGUUUUCCCACUCUAUCUAUUUUACAAAUUUACCCUUUGGCGCCAUUUAUUUUGUUUUUUACUUUUUUGGGGUUCUCGAUGAUGUUUUUAACUUUGUGUUGUAAGAGAAAGUGCUAAAAAAAGUGAGAUGGGGUGUAGGAAAAAGAAAUUGAGUGAAAGAGCUUUUUAAUUUUGGUGGGUUUUUUGUUUGCAC